CCUAUGUUAGGUCUAAAAAACAGAGCUAUUUGACACACAACAGACAGAAUAAACAGCUUCAACAUGGGAUUUUCUGUCCGUUGGAUUUUGCUAGCAGCAUUUUCAUGUCUCCUCUGCAUGGGAGGUGAAGUGCGUUGUGAUUGCACAGAGACAAAGAUGCAAAUACAAGGAGGUUUUUACACCUUGACAAAGCAACUGGAGAGAGGAAGCCUGUUGACCUACCGCUGCCCGGAGGGCUUCUAUCCAUAUCCUGCUACGUCCCGCCUGUGCCAACCUAAUGGCACAUGGCUUCCACCACCCAAAAGAUUUCAACCUCAGAGAUGCAGGAUUGUUGAAUGCCCAGACCCCAGUGUCCUGGAGUCUGGAAAUGUCUCCCCUCUUUUGGAGAAGUACUUUGUGAACAAUGUGACAACGUAUGAGUGCUACUCUGGGUACUCACUGCGAGGCUCAGAAAGCCGUACUUGCUUACCAAAUGGCAAGUGGAAUGGCUCCACUCCGAUCUGUAGCCAUGACUCAGGAAAUAACUGUGCAGAUCCUGGUAUCCCGGCUGGUGCCUCAAGAGAAGGAAACAUAUUUGGAAUUGACGACACUGUGAAAUAUAGCUGCAAUGGCAAGCUGUUUUUGGUGGGGUCGAGUGUGAGAGUGUGUCAGGAGAACGGCGAGUGGACCGGCAUAGAACCAGCAUGCUACUUCAAAUACACCUAUGACACUCCGCUGGAGGUUUCAGAGUCAUUCGGCAGCGCAAUCACAAACAGCCUCACCACUUUACAGUCACCAGAUGACACACAGGAGGGAAGGUCAAUCAGGAUUUCAAAAAAUGGGACACUCAACAUCUAUAUCGCAGUGGAUAUUUCUGAGAGCAUUGAAGAGAAAUACUUUCGUCAUGCGAGGGACGCCGUCAUAAAACUUAUCAAAAAGAUUUCGUCCUUUAGUGUGACCCCAAACUAUGAAAUCAUCUUCUUCUCCUCUGAUAUCUAUGAAGUUGUCAGUAUUCUUGAUUUCUGGGAUGGCAAAAUACAACUAGAUGAUGUCAUGACUAAAUUGAGUAAUUUUGAGAUAGAAGACAGAAACACCGGAACAGAUCUGAACCUCGUCUUGAACACCUUCUUGGAGCGAAUGGCUAUUAUAAAGCAACAAGUUGGAGUGGAUAGUUUUAUGGAUCAUCGUCAUGUCCUUCUUCUUUUUACGGACGGUGCUUACAAUAUGGGCGGUUCACCUGCACCCACUGUGGAAAAAAUAAAGAACAUGGUUUACAUGGACCCAACAAGUAAUCCAGAGUCUAAAUACAGAGAAGAUUAUCUCGACAUUUAUAUUUUUGCCAUUGGUGCUGAGAUCUUCGAUGAGGACCUGCAGCCCCUCACAAUAGGAUUGGGUGAAAAGCAUUACUUCAGAAUGGAUGACAUUAAGAACUUAGAAGAGACUUUUGAUAAAAUGAUUGAUGAAGAAGAAGUGAAGGGUCUGUGCGGUCUUCACAAGGAGUAUGAAACAGCUAACCAGAGGGACAUGUAUCCAUGGUGGGUUUUCCUUCAUGUCAAGACUGGAGCAACGUCAAAGAACUGCCUCGGCUCUCUGGUGACUCGUCAGUUUAUCUUGACUGCAGCUCAUUGCUUACCGUUUGGAGUUUCGCACGAAGAUGUCACUGUUGAAAUUGGGGGCAUUACAGAGAAAGGAGUUAAAACUUUCACAUUACACCCAGAGUACAAUAUAACUCGAAAAGUGAAAGAAGGUGUGAUGGAGUUUUAUGACUAUGAUGUGGCUCUCAUCCAACUUAAAAAUGAUGUUCCAAUCGACAGUACUGUUAGACCAAUCUGCAUACCUUGCACCCAGGAGACCAGUGAUGCUCUGAAGCUGGUUGGCCAAUCAACCUGCAAGCAACAAGAGCAGCUUCUGUUAAAGAAUCAUCUUGAAAGUCUUUCUUUUUUGACCAAAAGUGGAAACGCUGUACGUAGAAAAGAUGUCAACGCAAAGCUGGGCGAUAAUAGAGAUGAAUGCAUCAGACACGCACUAGGAGCAGAUGGCAUAACUACGGUUAAGCCAGAGGAUGCAGUGACUGAUAACUUCCUGUGCAGUGGUGGUUUGAUUCCUUUCAGAGAUCAUAUAGCAUGCAGAGGUGACUCUGGAGGUGCUGUGUUUAAAAACUAUCAGUUUCGCACAAUACAGGUUGCUGUGGUAAGCUGGGGAACCAAGGAGCUCUGCAAUUCAGGAAAUGUCAUAGACUCGAACGACGUUUCCAGAGAUUUCCAUAUCAAUCUUUUCAGAGUUGUUCCUUUUCUCAGAUCAAUUCUUGAAGAUAAGGACCAGGAUGACUUUGUACCACUUACAUUCUUGACAGAUUAAAACUAAAUACAUUUAAAUAACAUGAGUUGUAUUGCUAUUUCAUUCGUGAAUACAAUACAGGUUAAACAUUGCCUUGUGUUAUUUUGCUGUUUGAUAGAUGGAUCAAGUAAUCCAUUAACUCAUUCAAUCUGUUUUUUUAACUGAGUAAGUUAAAUAUAAAACAACGCUUCACAAUUUAAAGAAAAUACAUCAUUCUUUGUUUGAAAUGCAAAAUAGUGCUCAGGCAAAUCAGUAGUACCAUUCUGUUCUUUGUUUAUAAAUAAGAAUAAAACAUUUUGAAAACUAUUUCUAGAGGACCCCUGUACAGAAGUUAAAAAUCAGUAUUAAACUUUGUCUUGAUGUGUUUUGAGUAUGAUUUCAGCAGGAACAUGAUUUAUGUGUUUCUAAUGCUAUGAAAAAUCGAUUUUGAAAAUUGCAGGUUGCUCAUUGUGUCUCUGCAAGUAAGGAUAAAUAACCAUUUGAGAGAAAGUGACCCUGCAAAAACUUCCAAAUUACAGCUAACAGAAAUUAUAUUGCACAACAUUUUGUACAAUCACACGUUAUUAAAUAAUGUCCCUUUCUCUGAUCAUUUUCAAAUAUGCUCAAGAAAAGAAUGAAUAAAAGAAUUACCACAGUA